AUGGAAGGCUUAAGAGGCAUGGGAGCUACCAUGAGAGGCUUGGGAACAAACAUGGGUGGCAUGGGCGCCAUGGGAGGCAUGGGAGGCAUGGGUGGCUUCGGAGCUACCAUGGGCGGCUUGGGAGGCAUGGGAGCAUCUAUGGGAGGCGUGAGUGGCUUCGGAGCUACCAUGGGAGGCUUGGAAGGCAUGAGUUUUGGGUCUCUCAUGGGAAGCAUGGGAGCACCUUCGGGUGACAUUGGUGGACGCAUGGCUUCCGGUGUGCAUCACAUACCUUCGCAUGAUGCCGUUGUAGAUCUUGCGAACACCAUCCGAGCUCCCGAUGACGCUGACGAUCUUGAAAAUGAAGAAGAUGAGGAAGAAUCGUCUUCGGAAGAGUCGGAAGAAGAGGAAGAAUGA